AUGCAAAAGGCUGUUCUUCACUCCCUUAGCGUUUUCUGCCUCUUCGCAAAAAACAACUCAGCUGUGGUCAGAGCGUCUGACUUGACAGCAGCUGGCAUGGGAGAUCACCACCAUGGUGAUCAGGGAUCGUCUGGUGACGUAUCAACAAGCGGCAUCGAAGAUAACGAUAAAGUUGGAUACGAACAAAUUUCAAUGUGGGAUGGUAUCGAUGUCUUAGUUGUCGCGUUCUUCGCGGUCGCAGCAGUUUGGCUCUUUGUGUCUAUCAUUUAUAGUGUAAUACUCUUGCUAUUGCUGAAACUUCAGGCCCAGGGACGAUUGGAUUUGGAUGACGAGAACUUUGGCCAGUUAAAGUGCUGCAACGGUUUCUUUAAUUUUGACCUCGGUUGCAUCGCUCGUAGAUAUGCAGUUCGGAUGACUCGAAAUGAAAGUGAUUCGCCGCAGCAUACCAUAACUCGAAUAGAGCGUAGGGCUGCUUUGGAAGUUAUCCUCAAGACUUCAACAACCCCCAAAGAUGUGGUCACAGAUGUUGUGGAGUGCAGUGAAAAAUCUGGGGAGGUACAUAUAGUAGAUGGGAAUGAGACACUUUGCUCCAUAUGUUUAUCAGGAUAUGAGAAUGACCACGUAGUCAUUACUACAAAAUGCGGCCAUCAAUUCCAUAAAGCAUGCCUCAUGGAUUGGUUAGAGCGUCGUAAUAAUUCGGAAUGCCCAGUUUGUCGUGAGACACUUAUCGCCGAAGGGGCCAUUUGGGAAAAGGUACAGACCAUGAGGAAGAGCCAACGAAAGACAAAAGGGCUGUUGUAUAGAGUUGCCCGAUUCAUCGUUUUCUCAGAUUCAACAAAUAAUGAUCGAGUUGAAGGUUCACCCUCUAAUUCAAUGACGGACAAUGAAGAAAUGAGUGAUGUGGAGCAUGCUACCAAUUAA